AUUUGAUAUAUUUUCUCUGUAGAUCUACUUUUGUUACGUCUGUGGGAAUAGUUUGUCAAGUAUGAUAUAAAUUGUGGAGAAUGUGUCUACUGUUGCACUGGUACCCUAGCUAGAAAAUCAUAUAGAAGUGCCGAACAAGGUACCGGUUUGCUGAUUUAACUACCGGUACCGGUAGGUUUUUACAGUUUUAGGAGCAUUGUUACCCUACAGUGCCAUGUUUAAAAGAUUGAUUUCAACCAUAUAUUUCAGCACUUCACUAAUUUUACUACUCAUUAAAUAUUUUAUAACUAUGUUAUUAGGUAUGUUUUUUAUAAAUAAAUAAAUGUUCAAAUGACUGAAUGAAUUGCAGUAUACAGAACAAUAUUCGGGUCUAGUGUAAUUUAUACCUGACUGCCUGAAGAAGGUCUAGUACCGUAGGCGUAGAAUAACAAUUUUCGCAUAUGUUAAUCCCAACCCCCACCUGACUGCGUCAUUCAAAAUCGCUGCCAUUGAUGAGUUUUUUAUUUUUUAUCAUCGGCGAUCGUAGGUAUACUUUGGCAAGUUCUAUGACGUGAUUGUGACAUCGUAGUCAGGUGGGGGUUAAGAUUGACACAUGAAAAAAUUGUUAGGCUACCACUAGAAGUACGUUAGGUACGAAACUACAAAAUUUUAACACCUUGAUUUAAUUAGUCUAUAAACUAAAUAUUGUCAUUUCUAUUAACGGUGACAUAAAGUACUCAUGAAAAUAUCGUCGCAAAUGGUUCGAUAUUAUUUCAAUUUGAAACACUGGCAGCCAAAUCAAUACCAAUGGCUUCGAGGUGGGGAAUGUAUUCAAGAUGAAGAAAGAAAACGAAUAAAUGAGUUUGUUUUCAAAGAAGAUAGCAAGGCUGGUUUAAUUGGACGACUACUUUUACGAUAUUCAAUCUCAAAAUCUAUGAACAUUCCAUGGGAAAAGAUAAAACUAAUAAGAACUGAUAAAGGGAAACCAAUUGUGGAUUUAAAAAAUUCUGAACAAAAUUUUAAUACGAAACUUGCAGAAAUCGGAUUUAAUAUUUCGCACAAUGGUGAUUUUGUUGUUGCUGUAACAGAUAUGACUCCACAAGUUGGCGUUGAUGUUAUGAAUGUAACAGAAAGACAUGGUGACACUUCAAAAUUUUUCGAUUUGAUGACUCGUAACUUUACAGAGAGAGAAUGGGGUUGCAUCAAGCAACAGGUUGAUGACGAUACCAAAAUGAAAAUGUUUUAUCGGCACUGGUGUUUGAAAGAAAGUUUUGUUAAGGCGGUUGGUAAAGGAAUCGGUUAUUCAUUGCAAAAAUUAAGUUUCGAAGUUGAUUCGAACUCGGAAAUUAAACCAGGGCAAUUUCACACUAAAACAAAAUUAGACAUUGAUGGAAUUCGGACAAAUGAUUGGUUUUUUGAAGAGAGUAUGAUUGAUACUAAUCACUGUGUAGCUGUUGCUACUGAUAUAAAGUCUCAUUAUAGUGAUGGUCAAACUAAUCAGCCUUUUAUUGAAGUUUGUUUCAAGGAUUUUGAACAAUGUUUUCAAUGUUUGUUGCCUAUUUCAGAAGAUUUCUGGCUAGAUUUUGAUAAAAAGUUAACUAAGGGAAGAUAGCAUUCAAUUGUUUUACAUUGCAAUUACAUUGUUUGUUGAAAUUUCAAUGCAUCAAAUUCAAAAAACUGCUUAUUGUUUGCUAUUAAGGCAUGUUUUUUCUGCCAAUUCAUACUUUUUAUAAACUGAAAAUCAAAAAUUUAUAGAGACAGGAAUAGUUUAAUUAACUAUCAGAAAAAAAGACAACGGCACAUUUUUUUGAUCUUCGUACUGAAAUGAGGCAGAAUCAUUGUUAACAUAGACUGAACGACAAUGUACUAUAUAACCAAAUUGCAUUUAUCAUGGGCAAUUGAAACCAGGACUCUCUUUCAUCUUUUCUACCUUUCUUCUUAAUAUAAUGGUAAUUAUAAUUGUGCAAUUU